CUGGACAUCGGCAGGCUGUGGAAGGCUUUGUGCAGACUCAGAGACCACGGCUCCAGUAUAUAAAUCAGGCAAAAUUCCCCAUUUGAGCAUGAACUUCUGAAAACGGCCCUGGCAUCUAAGAUCUCCUCCUCCUCCCAAGGCUCUCUGGAGUCCAGUCCAUAAUGAAGGUCUUGGCUGCAGGGGUUGUGCCUUUGCUGCUGGUUCUGCACUGGAAACACGGGGCCGGGAGCCCCCUUCCCAUCACCUCUGUCAAUGCCACCUGCGCCACACGCCACCCGUGUCACAGCAACCUCAUGAACCAGAUCAGGAACCAACUGGCACAGCUCAAUGGCAGUGCCAAUGCGCUAUUUAUUUCCUAUUACACAGCACAGGGGGAUCCGUUCCCCAACAACCUUGAGAAGCUGUGUGGGCCCAACAUGACGGACUUCCCACCCUUCCACGCCAACGGCACGGAGAAAGCCAAGCUGGUGGAGCUGUACCGCAUCGUCGCAUACCUGGGGGCCUCCCUGGGCAACAUCACCCGGGACCAGAAGAUCCUGAACCCCAAUGCCCUGAGCCUCCACAGCAAGCUCAACGCCACUGCAGAUGCCAUGCGUGGCCUCCUCAGCAAUGUGCAUUGCCGCCUGUGCAACAAGUACCAUGUGGGGCACGUGGACGUGUCCUACAGCCCUGACACUUCGGGCAAGGACGUGUUCCAGAAGAAAAAGCUGGGCUGUCAGCUCCUGGGGACGUACAAGCAGGUUAUCAGCACGGUGGCCCAGGCCUUCUAGACUCAAGGUCUCGAAGAAUGGACCAUGGGAAUCUCAGGAGCAGGAUCCAGAUGUGGGGGGCUCAAAGCUUGACUGGGGGCCCAGGGCAUUGUUCAACACAAGUGGGGGCCUGCUGGCAGACCCCUGCGAGCUCUCAGUCAGCCGCUCCGCUUUGGGGUGGGCUGUGAUGGACACCCCAGCAGAGUUGAAACUCUCACAGGCAGGUCCUUCAUGCAGUGCCAACUAGAAGCAGGUAUCCCUUCCUCUGGGAGGUGUCAACCAGGGUAUUGGAUGGGGAGGGAAGUGUGGGCAUGGGAUUCUGUCCACUCCUUGUCCCCAUCAGCUCCUUGUUUACUGUGUGUGUGAGCAAGCUGCACAAGUUGUUGACAGCAGCCCUGACGCAGGGCAAGACAGAAACAGUCUGGACAGUUGCCCAGCCCCCACUGGGGCAACUGUCCACUGAGCCUUUGCUGCCCCUUAGGGUGAAUUUAGAAGGCUUGGUUGGGAUUUGAAUGGGCCAGAGGAGCUGGGAUCCAGAAGGACUCCUUGGCCCCUUGAAGUUUGGUGGGUGGAAGAUGAGAAGGGGACCUGGGAUGGAAUGCUAUCUACUCUAGAGCAUGAUUAGAGAGUUCAGCCCUAGGUAUUGUCCAGUGGAAGGUUCUAGAAGGUCAAAAGUAUUCAGGCUCUUGGGGAGGCACAGAGGUCAACUUCAGGUCUGGAAAGGAGGACCCAGGAAGAAGAAGAAGAGACCCCUCCCCCCAAAGCUUGUUGUCUCUCUUCUCUGAAGUCUGGCAUGGCUCUGGUCUGUUGGCCAGACCUGAAGGUGGGAGUGCGUGUGGGUGAGCAGGAACAGGUUGCAAAGGCAGGUGAGGAGGGUCAAGGGGACCCAGAGUCCUCCUUCCAGGGAAGGGUCUAUAAGGGUAUGGGAGCUGGGGAAGGAGCAGUCCCAGACUGCAGAGUUCUGGCUGCUUCUAACCCCUAAGCAGGUUGUCCUGAGUAGACGGAUAGCUUAGAGUAGCGGCUCACAUCCGAGGCCCAUGGAGGCCCUGUGAGGUUACACAAAGGUACUUGAGAGGGACCAGGGGCCACCUCUGGUUCCUAGAGCAAGGGACAGCAGAACUUGAGGCUGGGGUCUCAGAGAUCCAAGAGUGCUGUGUCUGACCCAACACAGUCAUCUAUUUAUUAUGAUGUCCUAUUUAUAUUAACUUAUUGGUGCUUUACAUGGCAAAGUUAACCCCUUUCCUUGCUCCCUACCCAGCAGAAAUAACAUGAUGGCUCCACACAGAGGCCUCACCUAAUGGGGCCUGGUCUGGGAGUUGACAUUGUUACAAGUGGCAAAAGCCUUGAGAAUGAAGCCCAGAGAGGGGUCUGCGUCAGAAAGGACUGGCCAGCUCAUCUGCCCACACUGGGACUCACUUUGGGGAUGUCAGGUUCUCCAGGCAGGUUGCUGGAUCACUCUGUGAAAUGGCUGAAUGUCUUUAGUCUUUCUUUUUUUCUUCUUUCUUUCUGGUCUGGGGGUGGGGAGGGCUUUUGCCCCUCCAUGCUUGUUCAAGCCCCUUACUGCAAGGUGCAUUGUUUGUGGUUGAACUAAACGGCCCUGGAGCCUUGGGCAAGGCUCAUUUCUUGCCUCUGGAUGAGCAGCACCCUGCAUACCCCCACCCAGCAUAGAAGCUCCUCGGGUGGCCGGAACACCCACAGAGGGCAAAUGCAGGAAGUUGGGGCAGUGCGGGGACUGAACAGCUGCCCAGCGUUCUGGAGAGAGGGGAGAGCAAGGCCCGAGAUGCCUGGGACACCGACCAGGAAGCUGUGGUCCCCGCUUUGACCGCCUCCCUCCCACUCCCACCCAUGUCUGGGCUCCCAGGCAGGGAACCCGAUCUGAUCUCUUCUUUGUGCAGAGGCCAGGCAAGCCGAGAAACGCCCUCCAGUCUGGGAGCAGGGGAGGGAGCGAGACAGCCAAGCUGGGGCAGCUCGACGGCUACAGCUGGCCGCCUCUCAACCCCGAGCAGGGCGGUCCCGGUCCCGAGCAGCUCCGCGGUGAGGUUCUCUGGGCUGCAAGCAUGCUGCACCUCUGUGUUCUGUAAGCACUUUACCUCCCCGGUGGAAAGUGGGCAGGCGGGAGACAGGCUCCUAGGACUCGUGUAGGGAAGCCAGCGGCAUGUGUGGCAGGGGUGCUAUUUAAAUGUGGGUGAUACCAUUGUCGGGGUGGGGGGGCACAGCUUGUUGCCCAGUCACUCCUGCUGCUUGGGGCUCGGCUCAGGCCUGGCUGCUCUUCUCCAAGCUAUUCAAGAAAGACAACUUGGUCUGAAAGCCGGCAUGGACCAUUCCUACACCCCGAGGCCAGCUGGGUCUUGCCAUCACCUCAUCUCCCUGUGGACGUAGAUUCCCUGGGUUCCGUCUACCUGGGCAGCCUCAGAAGGCUCAGGGACCAAUGGACUUUCUAUGCCAGCACGGCCCCUGGCUCUGUGAUAGCCACCCCGCCGAGAUCGGGUUCUGUCAGGUUGGCACCCACUUGGCACAGCCUCGUUGAAUUAUGGGGCCUUUGUGUGAAAAAAAAAAAAAAAAAGCUUUAGGAUAGACCGUUGCUCAUCUUGGCACCUUUUCAUCUGCUGGUGUUGACCCCUACCUACCUCGCACGAUGGGCUCUGUGCCUGGGCCAGCGGGGGAGGGGCGAGGCAGCCGCAAAGGAAAGGGUAGGAUAGUCCUUUAACAGUUUAUCAAGAGAGAUGUAUA